GGCGCGCGAAACCAGACCAUCGCACCGUCCACCACCAGUCUCGUAGCAUCGUGGCGCCGCACCGCGCCGUCUCCCUCUCUCUCUCUCUCUCUCUCUUCCCCUUCCUCCCCUGAAACCUAACGCGCCACCGCCACCGCCGCCGCCGCCUCCCUCUCCCAAAUCUUCGCCGGGAAUCGCGACGAUCAAGCCACGAGGAUCGCUGCUGCUGCUGCAGCAGCUUUGCCUGUGCUUAACGCCCAGGUAUAAUGCGGACCAGGAGCCAGCGCGACGGCCACCACGCCGCCGCCGCUGCCGAAACCCCGCCUUCCGGGGCAAGCGGAGGAUCAGGAGGGGACGUUGCGAGGGGCGGUGGCACGCCUCGCCGUCGCCGGAGGGCUUCGCCGGCCGCGGAGAAAGGGAAGUCGCCCGCCAAGGUGGAAAUGGAAUCGGCAUUGGAGGAUAAAAGUAAAAACGUUAAGGUCCAUGCAGAGGGUUAUGACGAUGCCGGGAUGACGAGGUUCGGUAGGGAUGGCUCUGAAAAGAACAGUUUGGAGGAAGAAGAUCCAGAUGCAGCUGAUAUGGACUGGGAAGAAGGGAUUGUUUUCGCGGCGGAACACGAUGAGUGUUAUUCCCAUGAGCUUGGAGAGACAGUCACCGUUGAGUUCACUGAUCUACCCUCUUCCACUGAAAAGAAGACUGCUCGGAGGCUUACUGCUGAAGAAAAGGAGUUGGCUGAACUCGUGCACAGGGUCCAUUUGCUUUGCCUACUAGCAAGGGGUAGGGUAAUUGACAAGGCUUGCAAUGAUCCUCUGAUUCAGGCUUCAAUUCUCUCUGUUUUACCACAACAUGUACUACGGAAUUCUGUAGACACUCCAAUUCUGAAAGCUAAUGAACUGCGUAGUCUUGUGAGCUGGUUCCACAACACUUUCAGUGUAAUUGCACAAUCCGACGACAAGGGGUCUUUUAAAUCAAAUUUGGCAUUUGCUCUUCAAAGUUAUGUAGGCACUGCUGAAGAGGUUUGUGCACUUUCAGUGGCAUUGUUUAGGGCUCUCAACUUAACAGCUAGGUUUGUUGCGAAUCUGGAUGUUGCUGGUCUCAAGCCUGACACUAAAUCAAUGGGGACAUCAAAUCAGGAUGAACCUAGGCUUUGUACAAAGGCGCUGCCAUCUAGUUCUUUUGUUGCAGGCCAUAAUGAGUAUAAUAACCUUUCACCUGUCCUGUCACAAAACAAUACUGAAGGUAGCAUCAAUACAACUCCAAAACAAGUCAAAGUUCAAGGCUGCAGGAAAAGUUUGUCUAAAAAAUUGUCGAAGUGCAAGGCAAAUCAGAGAGAUAGCUCUGCAUCACUAUCAAAAGAUAGCUCAUCCAGCAGCCAAUAUCCUUCCACCUCCAGUAAUGCUGAAGUACCAAGACGAAAAGGGGAUUUGGAAUUUGAGUUGCAGCUGGAAAUGGCUCUUUUAGCAUCUGCAGCUAAAAGUCAAGACAACAAGCUAGCAACUCAAUUAAAUCAGUCAACUGAUAGCUUACUAAGUUCAACUCCACCAUUGAAGAAGUUACGAAAAAGUGAAGAAGCCUCAAGCAACUCGAGCGUGGUUUGGUCGAGGAAUAGAGCACCGUUAUUUUGGGCUGAGGUAUUUUGUGGUGGCGAGGCAUCGUCUGGAAGAUGGGUCCAUGUUGAUGUUGCAAAUGAUAUUAUUGAUGGUGAACAAAAAGUAGAAGCUGCUUCCGCUGUUUGCAGGAAGCCUUUGAGAUAUGUUGUUGCCUUUGCUGGAAAUGGUGCUAAAGAUGUGACCAGAAGGUAUUGCCUGCAAUGGCACAGAAUUGUUCAGGGGAGAGUGAAUCCUGAGUGGUGGAAAAGUGUUUUGGCACCCCUAGAGCGUCUUGAAUUGGCAGCAACGAACAACACUGAAGAAAUGGAACUUCAGACCAGGGCCUUAACAGAGCCUCUUCCUACCAAUCAACAGGCCUACAAAGACCAUCAUCUAUAUGCCCUUGAGAAGUGGCUUCACAAGAACCAAGUUCUUCACCCCAAAGGCCCAGUGCUUGGCUUCUGUAAAGGGAAUCCUGUUUAUCCUAGAUCUUGUGUUCAGACACUGCAAUCAAGACAUGGAUGGUUGCGGGAGGGUCUGCAAGUCAGAGAAAAUGAGUUGCCUGCAAAGGUCGUGACGCGGCCAAAGAGGACUUUCAAUUCUCAGUCAAUUCAAUCUAAUAGUAAUAGUAAUGAAGAUGGGCUUAAGCCAACCAUGGAACUAUAUGGUAAAUGGCAGCUGGAACCGCUGCAACUUCCCCAUGCAGUAAAUGGUAUUGUACCAAAGAAUGAGCGUGGUCAAGUCGAUGUGUGGUCAGAGAAAUGUCUUCCGCCUGGUACUGUACACCUGAGGUUACCAAGAAUAUUCCAGGUCGCAAAGAGACUUGGAAUUGAUUUUGCCCCAGCCAUGGUUGGAUUUGAUUAUCGAAACACCCGGUGCCUUCCAGUUUUUGAUGGAAUUGUUGUCUGUUCCGAAUUCAAAAAUACUAUCUUAGAGGCAUAUGCAGAACAAGAGGAACGGAGACAAGCCGAGGAGAGGAAGCAGGAGGAAGCUCAGGCUCUUAUUAGGUGGUAUCAGCUGCUGUGUUCCGUCGUAACCACACAGCGGUUGAAGGACUCUUACAAAGCACCCUCAUCAGAGCACGGACCAGAAGGACCAUCCCAAGAUGUUAGUCAGCAGAAGGGCACACGCAAAAGUCGAAGCUCGGAAACGAAGACUCGCUCAAGCAGACUACAGGCGGACCGACCAUUUGAUUCUCCUUUUCCUGUCCAUGACCAUGAGCAUGAGUAUCCAGAGGAAGAUCAGAGCUUCGACGAAGAGACGUUUGUGAGGACGAAACGCUGUCCAUGUGGUUUUUCAAUCCAAGUUGAGGAAUUGUAGCAAAAUGAUAUCAGAAAUGCACUAACUUAAGGUGUAGCCUGUUUUUGGUCCCAGGUGAACUCUCAAAACUAUGGUAGCUGUGAUGCUUCUGACGAAUGCAGGUUUUGAUGCAUUUGUCUUGAGUUGGGAGUUAAGAGUGAGUUUGCUAAACCCAUAGUUCAGCUGUUGCACUGAAAUGAGGUGUUGAAAGUUGAAGCUGAUGGUAUGAAAUGUAGUGGGUGUUAAAACUGUUAACAGUAUAUGCUUGUUUAAGUUUCAGCAUAGUGCCAUCACGCUAAGAUUUUAUCAAACUAAUGUUGAGUUUGCCAGUUA